AUGUCUUCAUCUAAACCCGCCACGCCUAGAAAUGAUAGGAAACAGAAUAAUGGAAGACGGCAUCUGCAUAGAUCUUCUGGUAUUCAAUUACCUAGUAUGUCGCCAAAAGUACACCAUUACCCAAUAGAUGCCGAAAACCUACCUAUGGAUUCACCAGAAAUCGUUGAAAAAUUUGCAUCACUUGCGGAAUCUAUGGAGACAUUGGACUUACACAUGCACGAUUUGCGUCAUAUUCACGACCACAUAUCAAAUCAAUUUAACGAAUCGUUUGCAAGUUUUUUAUAUGGGUUGUCAAUGACGAUGUGGUGCGUGGACUUUCCAGGAUGUCCAAGUAGAGAACAAUGGGAAGCACUAAUAUCCAAAAGAGAAAGAAAAGAAAGAAUUGAAGUUUUAAAAAAACGUUUGGAAGAUGCCCAGAAACUAAAUGAUAGACUAAAAUUGAGAUUGUCUGAUGAAGCUAAACAAAAACCACAGCAACUACCCUCCCACGAAAGAUUAGCACGCGGGCCCACUAAACAAGUUUAUCAGCAAACACGGUCUGUGAAUUUCAAUACACACCUUCCAGAUAGCAUUACAACAAACAGCCACACCUCAGGAGACUUCAACUCCAAUAGUCGAGUAUCAAGGAUACCACAGCCAUCUAGAUCGAUCCCCCCCUCUUCGAGAUUUAAAGCAUCCUCCAAAUCAGGACCUAAUCUUAAUCAACCACCAAGAUAUAUGCGUGGAUUAUUUGACGGCAAUAACACUUUGAAUACCUCUAAUUAUAGUCGAAUCAAAAAACCUACGCAUAGCAGAUCAGUUAAUAGUUUGCAGAAUAGACCACCCUUUAGAUAG